AUGCUCAGCCAACAGGCUGCUAAGGUCCGUGCAUCGAUCGGUGACGAAGAACUACGCAAGAGCUACGACGGCUUUGACGAUGUGACAAGAAGUGGCGUGUUCGGUCUGCAGUCUCAGCAGCUGGAGGAGCGUGUGCUUCGUGAGAUUGGUCCAGGCUUCUUUGACUCGGCCGAUUUCGAGGUGCUGCAGCUGCUGGGUAGGAUCAGUGUCAUGCGGACACACGCGCACACAUUGGCUUUCGGGAGCCCUACAGGAUUUAAAAAGGGCCAGGCGGAUGACCUCCGAGGAAAUCCGUCUGUCCGCAAGUGGUUCCAUCCAUCAUCCGCGGGCGGGGGCCCGCCCAGGGUGAGGAUGCCGUCAGGCCUUCCGUCCAACAAGAAGUGUCUACCCUGCACCUCAUGAACAGCAU